CAUUUCAUUCUAAUUAUUUUAACCUUGGAUGUUAUUUUUUGUGGCUUUUGAAUAUAUGUCUGUAUUGAAGAAUUCUCUCUAAAGGGAACAAUUGGGGAUUUAAAUAAUGUGACCCAACAAUAUUUCUAUGCAUAUUAUAAAAUUUUUUAAAUGGACUAUAAAACUUCUUUACAGUUCCUCUUCCAGUUUAUAUUUUAGCCUGCUGUUAGUUUCUGGAUGACAGUGACUAUAUUGCAUAGAGUCUAAUGAAUUAAAACAUUUGAGAUUUGUAUAUAUGUGUAAGUUCAGGUCCCCCAAACACGGUAUCAGUAAUGUUAUAAAAGCACUUCUGAAGUAUGUUGCCUUAGGAUCUGGCGAAGUGGGCAAUUUUCAUAGAUUUGUGCUGGGAUAAAAUGUUGUUCAUUUAAAAAAACUUUUUUUGUAGAUUGAACAGUAACAUGAAUAAAAACCCAUUUGCAUUAAUCACAUCUCUUACUUUAAGAAAAAUGAAAGGUAGUGUUACUGAAGAUCAUCUUUACCUAGACUACUUUGAUCAGAAAGAAGACUGCAUCCUGCCUCUCCACACAUCUGUAUCCUUAUUUCUGUUGUCAUUUUGUGACUGCAAGGCAUUUAGAGUUUUUUUAGUAUCUCCAGGUGAAAUACCUGCAGACUCUCAGAUUACAGACCAAGCGCUCCCUGAGUGCCUGGAAUUUUGCAUUAUCAAAAGGUGCCAGCUUCCUUCAGUGGUCCAAAACUGCUCCUUGCCUGCUGUCCUUGAAAACAAAGGAACAUUCUGUCGAGCUGGACUUGCUGUGGUGUUAAGGCAUAUAAUACACAAAACCUAUGAGGCUGAUCCGUCAAAGAAGGACAUUUUGGAACUCCUGGGAUUUAAAAAGACCUGUUUGAAAGCCUGUGCUGAAACUAGUGAAUGGACCAGACUUUGUGAAAUCAGCAUCCCCCGGGCCGUUGAGAAUUUUCUGAGGCUGUCUCCUGGUCAGCAUCUGAGCACUCCUGUGGAAGUUCUGCAGUUUGAAAAGAAAUUAGGAGAACCUGUAAGAGUGCAUAACGAUGACAAAAUUCGAAGGCAGAAAGUUCAUCAGCAAAGCUCGCUUGCUAAGAAAGAAAGUAGUAACUCUUUGGAAGAAAGAAAAUCAAGAGAAAUUCAGGAAUCCUCUCUGGCAGAUUUGGAACUACCUUUCUCUCAAUUAACUGUGCAGAAAAAUCCAGUUUCCACCAAAAGGGAACCUUCUCAUAUUAGGAAAAUAAAAACCUCUGAACUCCCACCUCUAGAGCAUGUUUUUGCUGAAGGGCUCUACUUUACUUUGGCUGAUGUCGUUCUCUUUCCGUGCAUUCAUCAGUUUUGGGUUUUCUACAAAGAACACCAAGACAAAACGUUGGAGUUGCCUUUAAUAUCCAGUUGGUACCAGAGAGUUCUGGAAGUACCAGGAGUAAAGAAGGCUGCUGCCCAAUGCAGAAUGCAGCUUGUCCAGGAUUGGGCCUCAUCCUCCUUCCAAGCAGAACGCCCACAAAGUCCCUGCGUGGCUUCUGAUGAGUCAGGAGAGGAGAACAGAGACGCUCAGUUUAUAGGUGGUCCGAGGCCAACCAUGACCAAGUUAAUGGCUAAUGGUAUUGAAGCAGUGUUUUGUCCUCAUCCUCACCCGACAUGGACUCUAGACUGGGACAGUCUACCAGCAGCGGUCAACCCAGGAGAAGGAAAGAUGUCCAGUGAUCGUGCUCUGAGGAAACAGCAACAACUCAACAACCUGGUAGCUUUAGUGAUAAAGCUGGCUAAGCCGGGAGAUGUGAUUGUGGAUUUUUGCAGUGGUGGGGGACAUGUUGGAAUUGUUCUUGCUCACAUAUUGCCCUUAUGUCAGAUAAUAUUAAUAGAAAACAAAGAGUUGUCACUGAUACGUGCUAAAGAAAGAAGUGAUGAAUUAGGAUUAAACAACAUUUGGUUCAUCCAAGCAAAUAUGGAUUAUUUUAAAGGAACUUUUAAUAUUGGGGUGGCUUUGCAUGCUUGUGGAGUGGCAACAGACAUGGUGAUCGAACGGUGUACCAAAGUUUGUGCAGCGUUUGUCAUCUGCCCUUGCUGCUAUGGCUUCAUUCAGAAUACAGCCAAGUUUACAUUUCCACGAAGUCAUCAAUUCAAGGAAGUUUUAUCUUACAAGGAGCACAUGGUCCUCUGCCGAUUUGCGGAUCAGACAGCUGUCCAACUUCCCCCUGAACGCAGGCGAAUAGGCAAGCGUUGUAUGGGGCUGGUGGAUCUGGACCGGGCUUGGAGCGUGGAAGGAUCAUGCAACUACUCUGUCCAAGUGACAUCCAUGGAACCAGAAAUGUGUUCUCCAAAAAACAACUUGAUAGUGGGUGUCCCUAUUUAGUUCGAAGGGUUUUUUUUCCUUAUCAAUCUGAAUUAAUGAUCAGUCCUUGCAGUUCACAGUCCAAUAAUUUUUCGUGGAGGUUCUUACUAAAUCUGGGAAGCAGACACUGUACAUCUUGAAUCCAUUGUCUCCAGGAAAAGGAAGCCGAAAAGAAAGAGCUUGGCAGCAAGCGUGCCUGCAGAGCUUCUUAAAUCCUGCUUGAAAUGUGUGAUUAAAUGACAGCUGGUUCUCAGAAAAGGAACAUCCUGAAAAAUUCAUCUGCCUGCGCAAUAAUGCAACCAUAAAGGUUUGUUUUUCUCAGUUUCAUUGGUGGGAAGGUGAUAUCUUUUUUUAUCCUUGUGAAGAUGGAUCUUGAAUGUUGGAAAACACGCUGUGCUAAUGCUUUUGUGAUCACGGACUCUUACAAUGUAAAACAGUAUGCAGCUACUGAAUAAAAGCAGCCAAGUUUCCCA